UGUACUUCCUGUUUCCUCAGAGGGUGGGGUCAGAGCAUAAGUUUCAUUUCUGUCAAAGUGAAACAGCUCAGUCAGAUUGAGAGAGAAAUGGCAGGGAAAGUCCUGGAUAUGGAGGCCUUAACAUGUCCCAUCUGUUUGGAAUUACUGAAGGAGACAGUUUCUCUUCCUUGUGGACAUAGCUUCUGUAACAACUGCAUUCAAAACUACUGGGAUCAACAGGUGAAUUUUAAAUGUCCAGAGUGCAGGAGGAAAUACCGCACUAGGCCUGUCCUUAGCAAAAACAUCGUCUUAUCAGCUUUAGUGGAGCAGCUGAAGGAGACGCCUGCUGACCACUGUGCUGGGCCUAUGGACGUGGCCUGUGAUGUGUGUCCUGAAGAGAAGAAGCUGAAGGCACACAGGUCCUGUCUACAAUGUGUGAUCUCUUACUGUGAGGCGCACCUCCAGCCUCAUCAUAAUGUAGCAAUUCUGCAGCGACACCAGCUGGUGGCGCCCUCCCACAAACUCCAGGAGAACAUCUGCAAGGAGCACAACAAAGUGAAGGAGUUAUUCUGCCGCACAGACCAGCAGCUCCUCUGCUGCCUCUGCUCUGUGGAACAGCACAAGGGCCAUGACACAGUGUCCUCUGCAGCAGAGAGAGCACAGAGGCAGCCAGAGCAGGAGGCCAAGAAGGACCUGCUCCUCCAGAUCCUCCAAGAUAAAGACACAGACCUCCAGAGUCUCCAACAGAAGGCCCAGGACAUCAAGAGCUCUGCCCAGAGAGCAGUGCAGCGCAGUGGAGACAUGUUCAGAGAGAUAGUCCUUCUCUUGGAGAGAAGACGCUCUGAAGUGGAGCAGCUGAUUCUGUUUGAAGAGAAAACUCAACUGAGCCGAGUCCAAGGACUCCAGGACCAACUGCAGCAGGAGGCCACAGAGGUGAGGAGGAGCCUCUCUGAGCUGGAGGAACUGUCCAACAACCCGGAUCACAACCAGUUUAUUCUGCACUGCCUCUCACUGCCCACUGAGAGAACAGAGAGGACAGGGACCAGGGUCCUGACAGAACACAGACACUACUUUGAAGAGGUUUCCAGAGCUGUGUCAGACCUCAAGGACAAACUCCAGCUCACUCUGAAUGAGAUUAAACUGCCACACCCUCUGGAUUACAUCGAUGUAGUUUCAGACUUAUUCACAGCUAUCAAUGUUGAGGCUUUACUUGCGGAACCUCCUGACUCACCACCUCCUGUACCCAGCACCCGAGAGCAGUUCUUGAAAUAUGUACGGGACAUUACACUGGGUAAAGAUGGAGCUUACCCACACUAUCUGAAGAUGUCAGAAGGGAAUAGAAAAGUAACUCAUGUGAGGAGACCAGCCUGGUAUUUUCAUCACAGAUACGGUCAGGUCCUGAGCACACAGGAGUUAAGGGGCCGCUGUUACUGGGAAGUGGAGUUAGUGGGCACUGUCAGAAUAGCCAUUUCAUACAAAAAGUCUUUUACAACAGGUAUAUUUGGAACCAAUAAAGGAUUUUGGUGCUUAGAAACAGACAGAAAGACAUAUUCAUUUUGGUUUAAUAACAUGAAGUUCAGUGUCUCAGGCCCGAGGUCGUCUAGAAUCGGGGUUUACCUGGACCAGUUUGCAGGAUCUCUCUCUUUCUAUAGUGUGUCUGAUAAUACAAUGACCCUGCUCCAUAGAGUCCAAACCACCUUCAUUUGGCCUGUGUUUGCUGGAAUAGGGCUUAAGUCUUAUGGAAACACUGCACAUUUUGCUAAACUUGAAUAAAUGAAAUUUUGAGAAGUUUAAAGAAUAAUACGGUAUUCUCUUUUCAUUAACACAGCCAAAU